AGGACCAGGUCCUGUACCGGGACACUACAGGCAUUUAACCCUUUAAAAUCACCAGUUACUUAUAAAAAAAAAGCUAAAAAUGUAUAUAGUUGGCAAGGUUGGCACCUGUUUUCCUGCCAAUCCACAGUUUGAGCCAGGCUGGAUGCAGUUGGUUAUUAUGGAGGGGCCCUUACUCUUUCUAUUUCCACACUCAGAUUUACUACAGAGGAAUAAGAGGAUAAAAAGUUUAUUUGUCAUAGUAAUGUAUAAGAAACUGGACGAAGAAGAAACCAACUUCAGCCUCAUGUUGGGUUGAGUGCAGUGUGUGUCACUACUUCGGGAGAAGUGAGGCAGGAUCAUCAUCAUCAUCAUCAUCAUCAUCAUCAUCAUCCUCCACCUAUGGAGGGGGGACAGCCAGAGGAAUUGAGGUCACAAACUGGGGGUAACUUUAGGGGGCGGAUCAGUAAAAAGAAUAGAUUGUAUAUAUAGUAGAGUGAUUGCAGCUCUGGAGUAGAGAGUGCUGCACUAUGCAUCAGUGAUCCGGAGGGGGAGACUGCAGUGUAUACAUCAGCUAUGGCUGCCACCCUCUACUCUGGGAUUGUCCUGCUCACCACCUGCUGUCUGGUCCUAGGCCUGGACCCAUCGUCGUUUCUUAAUUCUUAUGACAUUAUAAUACCCCAGAAACUGACUCGGCUGAGAAGAGAUGCAUCUGGCUCCUUGAAGGAGGGCCUUUCUUACGUCAUCCAUGCAGAAGGCAAGAAACAUAUAUUACAUCUUGAACAACACAGAGAUUUAUUAGCCAAAGAUUUCACAGUCUAUACAUAUGCAGAAAAUGGGACCAGACUGGCGAGCCCGCUUCACAAGCAGGACCUGUGCCAUUACCAGGGCUAUGCAGAAGGAUAUCCUGAGUCCCGGGUAGCCAUCAGCACUUGCUCAGGUCUAAGGGGCCUACUACACCUGAGUAAUGGAAGCUAUGGCAUCGAGCCCCUUCAGCCGUCUUCCAACUUUCAACACCUUAUUUAUCGCCUUGAAGAUGUGAAGCAGGAGCCGAUGGUGUGCGGAGUAUCCAGUCCAGAAGAGGGUCAUGAGAGUCAGCACAACCACUCUCCCAGCAUGACUAAACUACUGCGCCGGAAGAAGCGGGCCAUCCUGACCCAGACAAGAUAUGUGGAACUGUUCCUGGUUGUGGACAAGGAAAGGUUUGACAUGCUGGGACAGAACGCCACCGCCGUGCGAGCCGAGAUGGUGGAGCUGGCCAAUUACCUAGAUAAUAUGUAUACUACGCUGAAUAUAAGAAUCGUCCUGGUGGGGCUGGAGAUCUGGACGACAAUGAACCACAUCAACAUUGACGGCUCAGCCGGAGAAGUGCUCACCCGUUUUGUGCAAUGGCGCGAGAAGCAACUCAUUCCGCGGCGCAGGCACGACAGUGCCCAGUUUGUUCUGAAGAGAGGAUUCGGUAGCAUAGCAGGAAUGGCCUUUGUGGGCACCGUCUGUUCCAGGAGCCAUGCCGGUGGAAUCAAUGUGUUCUCACAUCGGAAUGUGCCUUCUUUUAUUGAAAUUAUAGCUCACGAACUGGGACACAACCUGGGGAUGCACCAUGAUGACGGCCGAGGCUGUACCUGCUCUACCAUGUAUUGCAUCAUGAACUCCGGAGCCUCAGAUUCUAAAAACUUCAGUAGCUGCAGUGAAGAUGACUUUGAGAGGUUAAUACUUAACAAUGGUGGACGCUGCCUCCUGAAUGUGCCCCGGCCAGAAGAGUCCUACACCGCCCCCUUCUGUGGGAACAGAUUGGUGGACCCAGGGGAGGAGUGCGACUGCGGAAAUGAAAAGGAAUGUGAGAAGGAUCCCUGUUGCCAGUUUGGGACGUGCAAGCUGCGCUCGGGAGCUGAGUGUGCAAAUGGUGCCUGCUGCCAAAACUGCCGGUUUUCCCCUGGUGGUACCGUGUGCCGAGCUGUGUCCAACGAAUGUGAUCUCCCUGAAUAUUGCAAUGGCUCUUCUCCUUACUGCCAGCCGGAUGUAUUUAUUCAGAACGGAAGCCCAUGCCAAAGUGGCCAAUCCUACUGCUACAAUGGCAUCUGCCAGUUUUACGAUGCCCAGUGCCAAGUUAUUUUCGGACCAAAUGCCAAGGCGGCUGCUCCGAUUUGUUUCCAAAAUGUCAACUCCAAAGGUGACCGAUUCGGGCACUGCGGUCAUUGGGGCAACCCAUACAAGUCCUGUGAAUCACGAAAUGCACAGUGUGGAAAGUUACAGUGUGAAAAUGUAAACGUCAUGCCUGUCUUUGACAUCGAGCCAUCCAUUAUUAAGACCACAGUCCAAGGUGUCACAUGCUGGGGAGUGGAUUUCCAACUUGGUACCGAUGUUCCUGAUCCUGCUAUGGUCAAUGAGGGCACCAAGUGUGCAGAAGGCAAGGUCUGUAGGGACUUCCAGUGUGUUGAUGCUUCAUACAUGGGUUAUGACUGUGAUGUACAAAAUAAAUGUGGCGGUAAUGGGGUGUGUAACAGCAAUAAGAACUGUCACUGUAAUGACGGCUGGGGCUACCCAGACUGCAAGGACAAGGGUUAUGGUGGAAGCGUGGACAGCGGGCCUACGUACAAUGAUAAAGACACUUCUCUCAGGGAUGGGCUGCUUAUCUUCUUUUUGUUGGUCUUACCUCUCUUGGCACUUGGAGCAUUUGUGUUUUUCCGAAGAAACGAACUGAAGAAGAAAUUCUGUGGUAGAAGAAGAUCACACGGGACAUCCCACGAUGGUAACAGAGAGAAAUCCAUGAAUGUCCCCGGCAGAGCCGGUCCAACAGCCGGAGGGCUGAGAAAUGCACCCAACAAUGUACCAGGUAGAAGUGGUGUUUCGGCAGGUGCUCCACGGAAUGCAUGGCAAAUGCUAGCAACCAGGCUUCUCCCUAAUACAAGACCACAGAGAAAUCUGCCAAAUGUACCACCAGGCGGGGGCCCUGCAGCGAAUGCACCUCCCAGGAAUGUGCCACCUAUAGGACCCAACAGAAAUAUCCCCCCAUCAUCUUAUGAAAGUUCCUACCAACCGUAUAAAGUUGCUGUCUCAACAUAUGCAGUAAGACAACCUCAGCAUACACCGUCUAGGACAUCCCACGAUGGUAACAGAGAGAAAUCCACGAAUGUCCCCGGCAGAGCCGUUCCAACAGCUGGAGAGACGAGAAAUGCACCCAACAAUGUACCAGGUAGAAGUGGUCUCUCGGCAGGUGCUCAACGGAAUGUAUGGCAAGUGCUAGCAACCAGGCUUCUCCCUAAUACAAGACCACAGAGAAAUCUGCUAAAUGUACCACCAGGCGGGGGCCCUGCAGCGAAUGCACCUCCCAGGAAUGUGCCACCUAUAGGACCCAACAGAAAUAUCCCCCCAUCAUCUUAUGAAAGUUCCUACCAACCGAAUAAAGUUGCUGUCUCAACAUAUGCAGUAAGACAACCUCAGCAUACACCGUCUAGGACAUCCCACGAUGGUAACAGAGAGAAAUCCACGAAUGUCCCCGGCAGAGCCGGUCCAACAGCCGGAGAGACGAGAAAUGCACCCAACAAUGUACCAGAUAGAAGCGGCGUCUCGGCAGGUGCUCCACGGAAUGCAUCGCAAAUGCAAGCAACCAGGAUCCCCCCUAAUACAAGACCACAGAGAAAUCUGCCAAAUGUACCACCAGGCGGGGGCCCUGCAGCGAAUGCACCUCCCAGGAAUGUGCCACCUAUAGGACCCAACAGAAAUAUCCCCCCAUCAUCUUAUGAAAGUUCCUACCAACCGAAUAAUGUUGCUGUUCCAACAUAUGCAGUAAGACAACCUCAGCAUACACCGUCUAGGCCUCCGCUUCCCCACCAAAGAGAUACCGCACAUCCCAACAUCGCCCCAGCACGCCCCCCGCCUGCCCCUCCGGUAUAACGCUGCUUUCUGCGUAGCCUUUCUAUCUGACUUUAUUACUAGGUACAUCCGUGUUUCCAAGAGACACAACUUUUUCUCAUGCUUGGGAGACAAUAAAAGAGAUUGCUAUCCAGAACCAUGAAGCUUAAGCCUUAAGAUCUGCGGUGCUCGGGAUUUACAGCACAGUUAUAGAAUUCUCUGUUUACAGCGCGAGACUUCUGAAACCUAAUAGACAUUGGCUGUGAACAAAUAGAAUUUUGAAGGAUUUUGCAAGAAAGAAGAUUGUAACAAAGUUUUUUUUGAGCCACAGAACAUCCUCUCCUCUGUAUAUGACCCCAUACUGGGCCAUGUUUGAUGUCACGCUAUGUAUUCCCCAUAAACAUCCGCUUGAUUUCUUCGCUUUUCCCACACUGGAUUUUCAGUCCUCUUCUUAGCUUCAUCCUAUGCAGAGAGAUGUGUCUCCAUGGUAACUGACUACAGACAAACCCUGCGUAGUCCGAUUCUGCAGUCACGUCC